AUGCGUUUCUCUUCCGCUGCUGGCCUCAUGGCCCUCGCUACGUCGACCGUAGCCCACUCCAACUCCGCCACCUCCGAUCUCGACGGCUCCGUCUGGAAGACCCUUACACCUCUCAAAUCGCGCUCGUGGACCUCUAUCCCCCGAAACCGUCCCACCAAGCGCCAGUCCGGCUGGAACCCUCCCUCCGACCUCGCCACACCCCUCAAGGAAGUGUGGGACCACGAAGUCAAGACCUACAGCGACGCUCUCGGCUUCAAGAACUACGGCUGGGACCAAGUCAUUGCUGGAAAGGGCCAGCUCAACGUCUGCGUUCGCUGGGAGUCUAGCGCUUCUGUGACUGCUGAGCAGCGCACCAAGGUCGCCGCUGCUCUUCAGGACUCGUAUAAUGCUUGGAUGAAGUGGGUUUCGGGUUACGAUAACUUUCCUUACGAGGAGGUCAAGAUCAAUGUCGUUGGAUGGGCCGUCAAGAACAAGAGCCUUCUCCAGGGUUCUACUGAAGGUCUCGAUAUCUACACCGACACUGACGCCGAGGGCAUUCCCCAGUGUUCCGAGAAGUGCGGCCGUUUCUUCCACCAGGACGGUGACUACAGCAGCUGCCCCGGAGGCGCUGAGCGACACUACGAUAACUCCCUCUGGCUAACCGAUGGUAUGCAGGGCGGAGCCGGUGGUGAUUGGGGUCAGCGUAUUGGACGGGAGUACUUUAUGGAUCUCCUUGGUCAGAAGGACAUUCACAUUCUCGAGCAUGAGAUCGGCCAUACCUUUGCCCUUGACGACUUCUAUGACUGGACUCCCACCGGCCAGACCAACUUCAUCAUGCUUGCUGGUUCAUCCACCAAGGUUACUGACUUCGACGGCUGGAUGUUGAGGAACUGGUGGUACGAGCUUUCUCGCAAGCGCGGCUGGCAAUCUACUGCUUCUAGCUCUGCCUCGAAGGGUACUUCAACUGAGAAGGCUGUUACUCCCGUCUCAUCCAAGGCUGCUAGCACCAAGACUGCUGUUGCUAAGCCUACUACUACCACUGUCAAGCAGGCUGCUACCCAGACUGCGGCCAAGCCAGCCAAAGAGAACACCUCAAGCGGUACUGCCGGUGCUUACGCACAGUGCGGCGGCGGUGCUGGCUACACCGGUCCUACCAAGUGCGCUUCUGGUCUGAAGUGUACCAAGCACAGCGAGUGGUACUCUCAGUGCCUCUAA